CAGCAACCACUCCGUCGCAGGCCAUUUUUUCAUUUGCGGCUUUGCUGCCAUCUGCCGUCGUCGUCGCCGCCGCCGUCCUGCAGGCUUGCAGACAGAGACAGAGAGACAGAGCGCGUACCCACAGAUACAUCACGCAUCCCCAAAAGCACCAGCACCAACAUCAAGAUGGAGCAGCCCUGGCCCGAUGGCUUUCUCGAUGCUUUUCCACCGUCUUUGGCAGACCUCUUCCAAGGCGACCUGCAGGCACCCAUCCCCAAUGCUGCCUUUGCGGACAGCUCAGACUUACCCAUGAUGGGUGGACAGCCAGCACAGCAAGGACAGCCAAACGUCGACGGCACUGAUGGCACCCAAGGCUCUCCAUCCCUGCUUGCUGGAGAAGCUGAAGGUCUGCGUUUUUCCCUGCCGUACGACGUGGACGACGUUGAUCAGCUCUUCAUGCCCAGUGACCAGCACCUGCAGCAGUCCCUGUCUGAUGGUUCUUCUGUUUCCAGCGGCAGACCCUUCUCCAGUUGUGAAGCCCCAUCACCGGUGACACCUACUACGCCGCUCAUUCCGCCAAUGACGUCGCCGCAACAGCCAACGGCACAGGUCCAAGAGCUCGCCUACAUGCAGCCGCAACAAGACCGAGAGCUCGCCUACACGCAGCCGCCGCAGGAUCAAGCGCCUGGCUUCUUCAUGCCGCAGCAAGACCGAGAGCUCGCCUACACGCAGCCGCCGCAGGAUCAAGCGCCUGGCUUCUUCAUGCCGCAGCAAGACCGAGAGCUCGCCUACACGCCCACGUUCACGCCGCAGGAUCAAGUCUAUGACGACAUGUCAUCGACACCAAGUACGCCGACUUCGAGUACGGCGUGGCUCUCUUCGCCCUUGUCUCCGGCCAGCACGACAAGCAGCAGCAGCAGUGAGGCGAGCCCUCAAGCUCCGUUCCCACCGACCGUGGCGGAUUUGGAGUUAGCUGUACUGAUGGCAGCACCCGAAGGCCAGGUGGACCUGGUGGCCAAGCUGCAGGCACCGCCACACAACAUUCGCUUUUCGUCCGAGUUUCUCGAAAUCAUUCCAUGUUUGGCGUGGCUGAGCGGUGAAGUGCUUCUCGUUCGCGCGCAACAGAAGAACAAGGACGGACAUGUCUCCCGCAAGAAGCGCCCUGCCGACGUGGAAGCAGGCGUCAACCUUCGUGCUGUUGCUCGCUUCAUCCUGCACGAGAUCACAGGCUUUCCAUCGAACGCAGAUGGCAGCCUGGUCCACAGCCUGGCCCACCUCCAAUCCAUCUUCUCCGAGCUGCCACCCCAGUACCAGCUGCCAGCCCAGCCCGAAGUGUCGCGUACACCUCCAGUCCUGGACGGCCCUGUGGAGCACGUUGCUUCCCUGCUAGCUGCACUGGCCUCAACCGAGUUUGUGCGUCGUCUGCAGCUCCUGUGCGAUCAGCUCGGUUGCGCUGACAAAGACAACAUCCUGCGUAUCAUGCGCUUCGUCGCGGCCAACCGCUCGCCGACUCAGCGCGAGAAGGGCACUUUGCAGUACAUCCUGAAGCAGUGCAACUCCAAGAAUGAGAUCCAGAACAUCAUCAACUACAUCUCCGGCGCCCAGUACAACGCCAUCAAGCGCAUGGUGCCCAAAGGUGUCAAGCGCGACCCAAAGUACUCGCAGGCCGUCCGCCGCACUCGCUUGGCUUUUGGCUCGCCCGUCGACGACACGGACGUCCCGUCCACCAAGCGGGCCAAACAGGAUUGACCUCACGUCAAUCCACCCCCUUCUUCUUUGCGUGUGGAUCACAACUGUGACCGCAUGCUUGUUUCCUUUGGUUGAAUCCUCUUCUUCGAUCCUUCCUCGUUUCUUUUUGUUGUGAGUGAGCGUUGAAGCAUGGACAUACUCCCCAACGGUUGCCUAGAACCCUUCUCAUUCUUGUUCGUGCCACAGCGUCAAGCUCAUGUCCUUCACGUAUCGCAUUUUGAUGACGUGGAGGGUCAUGAACUGUAUGCUUUGACAUUGCAAGUAUGGAGUUGUGUACGAGGCAUGGGUAAGGUCCAUGCUUCCAUGAGUGGGCGUGUGUGUGUGUUCAGUUACCAUACUGUACUCGCUGUCCUUGUUGACAGCGUUGCAGUGUGUGUGCUGCGUUGUGUGUGUGUGUGUGUGUGUGUGUUCAGUUACCACACUGCAUGCGCUGUCUCCAUUUGUUGACAGUGCUGCAGUGUGUGUGUUGGUUGCGUUGUUUUUUCUUCCCCUUUGCUUUCCUUCCUACCCUACCCUGUUGAUCGACUGUUGCUGUUGCGUUUCCAUCCAUCCUUCCUGCGGCCUCCUGACCGCGUCUCUGUAUGUGAUGGUGGAAGCGUAACGAGAAGAGGAUCCCAAAUUACACACAUUUGGUGUCAAAUCAAUCACGGUGAUCGUGACACGGAGCAGGAGUGAAUGUGUGGUCUCUCAACUGUCAUGUCACACAUCUACUACACAUCUGUCAUCACAC